AUGCGGUCUCACAACCACUUGCUGCGCGGCGUGCUAACGUUCGUGGCCAUCUUGACCUUCUGCAUUAUUCUCACAACGAUAUUUCACAUCAAAAUAUCAGACGGUCUCUCACUCACACCAGUCCAAGAACGGCCUUUCUUUUAUGAGGAGCAACCCCCACCUGAAGACUCCAAACCCCCAAAGAAGACGUCACCAAAGGAGCCUUUCCAUCGACGACCUCAACACAAGGACGAUGGCGAUAAGAAGAAGGAUCAAUCGAAUACUCAAGAUGACUACUACGAUCUCCGCCUCGACCGUGGUGACGAUGCUGAGGAUAAGCCAUACGUCGACUACCAUCUCUUGACCAGUCUACGGAACAACAUGGGCUUUUACAACAAGAUCGAUGCGAGAAAGACUGGACACAAGCUUUUCAAUCCAACGAUACUCGAACUGCCUCGUGAUGCUAAUACUACCCAUGACUUUCUCGUCAUCGCGCGCACGACCCAUGUCGCAAAGGAAAUCAACGGCAAGAAGUACAAAAUCGCCCGUCAAGUCGCUACCUUUGCGAACCUCACCACCAACUACCUUGACCGACCUGUCAUCCGAACCGGCGAAUGGUCUACAAUGCUGCUGGAAGACUUUGGCGGACCUGAACAUCACUGCAAGAGACAGCCCGACAUGGAUAAGUAUGUCGGCCCAGAAGACAUGAAGCUAUUCUGGACGCGCGCCGGCGAGCCUCUUCUCAUUUUCACUCACCAAGUCAACGACGAGACAAUGUGUCAAGGCCAGUUCCUCAUUGACGUGCGCGCCGCCCUCCCUGAGCUUGAACAAGUCCUCGGUCCAGACUUUGCAGCACGUCUACCCUCAAUCCGCUUCGCCGAACCAACACUCCUCGCUCGCGAACCAGCACCAGGCGAAGAAAACCACCCUCGAUACCAGCGCGAGAAGAACUGGGCGCUAGCUCAGUCCCCCUUCAGUCCAGACUCCGAACUUUUGAUGAUGGUGGAGCCGGGACAGUUAUUCCGUUGGAAAUCCGCCGAGGAGCCCGUCGAGCCCAUCGUUGCGGCUGACGACCAGGAGUCGGCCGUUGAAGAACCAUACCCACCGACGGCGAAGCCGGGAAAGACUUGGCACGGCAAGAAGAGAAAGACAUGCAUCCACGAUGUCAUGCUCGACGAUAGCCACGUCCACCAGAGCUCGCCUAUGCUGAGUGUCACAAUGUGCAACCGCGGAGCAUGCGAACCCGAUGAGCAAAACACCGUUCUCAUGGGCAUCGUGCAGCGCCGACAAGACUUCCCUGGCGCUUCGUUUACAUGGUAUGACCGUCGGAUAGCAGUGUACGAAUCAGCAGCGCCGUACCGCAUGAUCAGCGUCGGCAAGAAGCUCACGUACCACGGAGAAUCGGACCUCAGCUAUUCCUGGACGGGCUCCAUGUCGUACUACACAAACCAGACCGAGUUCCCGCCGUCGAACCACGGAUAUCUCGACGAUGAGGUAUGGCUGGGCUUUGGCGUCAAGGAUGCAGCCGCUGGGUGGCUGGACGUCCGGGCCAAGGAUCUCAUUGCAGAUCAUUACAUGUGUCAGGGGGCAUCGGUGGAAUACAAGUAUUAUAGACAGGGUAUUUCGGCAUAG